AAAUCCGCUCUACCCGAAUAUGGACACGGAGGAAUGAAAUAUGGUGGAGGAGGCGAACAUGGAGGACCGAGGACCGUGAGAGCGCUGCGGUGCUGUUUUUUGGGGGGUUGUAAGAAGAAAAGUGGAUGUACCUCCAGCGGGACUUUUUCAGCGGAGAACCUCGGUGGAAAGUUUUGUAUUUGCGUCUCUGUUCUUUGCGCGGACAAGUGCGUCGAGGUAGAGUUUGUUGUAAUGCAGUGAAGACCGACUUUUUCGGGGGGAUAAAAAGCAGGGCAGGGGGCUUCUGCCCUCUCACCAUCCCGACGCUAUGCCGUGGGUCAGCGGCGGUAAGCGGAGAGAGAGCUCGGAGCUGCCGCUGCCCGCGGGCUGGGAGGAAGCCCGGGAUUACGAUGGCAGAGUGUUUUUUAUCGACCACAAUACCCGGCAAACUUCGUGGAUUGACCCCAGAGAUAGGAUCACUAAACCGCUGACAUUUGCCGACUGUGUUGGAGAUGAACUGCCUCUCGGGUGGGAGGAAGUUUACGACCAGCAAGUGGGAGUUUACUACAUCGACCAUAUCAACAAGACCACCCAGAUUGAAAACCCGCGGACUCAAUGGCGGCAGGAGCAGGAGCGCAUGCUAAAGGAGUACCUUGUGGUGGCCCAGGAGGCCCUCAAAGCCAAGAAGGAGAUGUACCUGGUCAAGCAGCAGCGUCUGGAGCUGGCUCAGCAGGAAAUGUUGCUCUUCCACGAGCUCUCUGAGGACAACCGCUCCAUCACCAGCACGCUCUCCGGCUCUUCCUCAAACGCGAAAUACGACCCUGACCAAAUAAAAGUGGAAAUAGCUUGUAGACGAGAGCGGCUCUCCAGACUGAAGCAGGAGCUGGCCCAGGUGAAGCAGGAGCUGCAGUAUAAGGAAAUGGGAGUGGAGACCCUGCAGGAGAUUGACAGGAAGAUGUCCUGCAGUCAGACAAACUACAAGCUGGACGAGGCUCAAGCCAUCUUCAAUGAGCUGCGAAGCAUCAAGAAGGCCAUCAGCACAGGCGAGAAGGAGAGGCAGGACCUCAUCCAGAGCCUGGCGAAGCUGACAGUGAACUUCCAAAGCAGCUUUUCUAUCAGUGACUCAGCCAGCGAAGUGGUGAACAGCGCUGGAACUGUGGGGGACUCGUGCAAUCUGCAGCAGUACUGUGACACUGGCUGUCAGACUGACAUCAUGGGAGAGUAUGGUUCCCAAGAUUCCUCACAUUUGGUGGACAAAGUGAAACUCAACUGGCAGUACGAGGAAGCCAAGAAAAAGGUGCAGAGCAUACAGCACCAGCUAGCACAGCUGGACAGUGAGAGCUGGUCAGGGCGGGCUGAGGCGGACCGUGACCGGGACUUCAUGCAGCUCCUGCGUGAGAAGGAGGCCCUCCUGCAGGAGAUCAUCCUGGUGAGCAAGCAGCAGCACCCUCCGGAGACGCUGCUGCAGCUGGAGGAGGAGCGCUCCAGGCUGGAGGAGGAGGUGCAGAGGGCCCACAGCUCCCAGAGCCAGGGAGCCAAUCAGAGGAUCCUGCAGCAGGAGAAGAGGAAUGUUCUGCUGAGACAGCUGGAGGAGGCAACACGCAUCACCACCUACCUUCACUCCCAGCUGAAGAGCCUGUCGGCCAGUUCUCUGACAGUGUCGUCCAGCAGCAGCCGGGGAUCUCUAGCCUCCAGUCGGGGCUCCCUGGCGUCCAGCCGAGGCUCCCUCAGCUCCAUCAGUUUCAGUGACAUCUACGGUCUCCCCCAAUAUGACCGUCACGAGGGGGCGGGAGAGUCCCUCGACCCCCACCUGCGCUACCUGCUACCCCCAGAGACCAUAUCUAGAGACUGUUCCAUGUUCAAUCCCGACCCCCUGACCCAGAGCAAAACCAAACGCUCUCACGACACCCCGCAGUCUCUAGCCUCCCUCUCCUCCCGCUCCUCACUCUCCUCCCUGUCGCCGCCCAGCUCUCCCAUGGACACACCCUACCACUCUGCCCCUCAGGACUGCCCCCUCACUCAGAUGACGGAGGAAUACAUGGAGCAGGCGGGUCGCGGCCUGUUAGAGGGGCUGCGGGCACAGUCGCAAACCAUGUCACACACGGCCAUGUUGAGCAGCGAGGACACAGUCAGCCCCGCCGCCAUGCAUCAACUGGACAACAAGAGUCACAGAGACAGCGGGGCUCAGGGGGCUUUUACCUCAACAGGAGUGACUCUGAGAGGAAACAGUGCCAACAGAAGUGGCAGGAGGGCCAGGAGAGUCUCUGCAGGUUUUUCUGAGGACGCUCUGGCCACAGACAGUGGGGUUUUCGAGGCCUGGGGUAGAAGGGCAGAGGAGUCAGAGGAGAUGUCAUACAUGAAAGAGCUGACAUCUGUGAGCGAGCCCACCCAGAUCCAACUGGGACUGCUGUGGGAGUCUAAUUCUCAGUCUCUCCGACUGCAUCUGCUACAGCUCAAGAAUUUAAACAGGUCCAUUGUGAGAGAUGGCUAUAAAGUGUAUGUGAAGGUGCACUUGAUUCCACUGGACGCCGGCAGGGCCUGUGCGUUUUACUGUUGUACGGCGUUGGAACCGCAGUCCCAGAUGAGUUUCAAUGAAGGCUUCCGCAUUCCUGUCCCUGCAAACGCCCUGGCGGUGUGCGCUCUGCAGCUGUCUGUCUGCUCGCUGGGACCUCAGGCUCAGGAGGAACUACUGGGCACGGCCCAGUUGAGCCUGGCAGAUUGUGAGGGAAGCGCAGAGAUGGUUUACCACUGGCUGCGAGUCCAGAUGUUGAGUGGGACAGAGUUGCCGAGGCCUGAACAGAAAAGCCUCGGCCACCGAAGACACCACGACGGGCAGGAAGACGAGCAAAGGCACAGAACCAUGGACACUGUCUGCACUCUGCUGUCACGCACCACCACCACCACCCAUCUGGAGGAGCGGGACGCAGAGCUGGAGAAGAAGGAUGAGCCAGGGGAGGCGGCAUCUGAGCGGAGCUGGCAGGCAGAGUCGGUGGACAGCGGCUGCAGCAACAGCACAGCAUUCACAGCCCCCUGCUCAGAGGGCCUAUGUGCAGAGGGCAUCUGCAUCACCACUGGAGGGCGCUGUGAUCAGACUACCAGCAAGCUCUGUACAGUAAAGGUGGAGAAGGCCACCAUGACAGAAGGCUUGUUCCCAGAGCCGGUGCGAGUCCGACCCAAAGAGAGGGGAGGACGCUGGGGUCACGCCUCCCCGUUUAUGCGUGGCAGCACCAUUGUUCGCUCUCAGACCUUCUCUCCUGGGGCUCGUAGUCAGUACGUCUGCAGGUUAUACCGCAGCGACAGUGACAGCUCAACUCUACCAAAGAAAUCACCUUUUGUCAGAAACACGUUGGAAAGAAGAACGUUGCGAUAUAAGCAGCAGUCAUACCGCUCCUCCCUGGCCGAGCAGCCGACCCGUACCUCCCUAGACCUGGAGCUGGAUCUCCAGGCCUGCAGGACGCGUCAGAGGCAGCUGAUGGAGGAGCUGAAUGCUCUGAGGGAGCUGAAGCUGCGACUGGAGGAGCCGCAAGCCAGGGAGGCCAACGAGCUCCCCCACUGGGCCCUGAGGGACGAGCGCUUCCGCUGCCUGCUCAGAGAGGCCCAGAGACAGGUGGGACUUGAAGCAGGGUGCUAUAUUUACUUCACAAGCCACAUGAGAUUUGGCCUCGCCCAGCAGCAGUUGAAUGUUUUUGUUGUUCUACAGGCCAGCCAAAGCAAGCAGGAGCAGCGUCAGGAGGAGGCAGUGGAGAGGAGGAUGAGGAAAGCUUCCAAAGAGGUCCUGCAGAUGAGGGGGCAGAGUCAGAAGGAGCCCCUGCCUGUGCAGACAUUCAGAGAGAAGAUGGCUUUUUUCACAAGACCAAGGUUCAACAUACCUCCUUUGCCAGCUGACGAUGUAUGAGAGCUUGCCUCUGUAUUAUGUGACUAAACAUGAAGUAUUUGUCAAUUUUUUUCUCAUGAAGUACAAAGCUCUUUCUACCAAGGACACGGGCGGGGUGGCACGCAGCUGAUGUUGAAGAUUAGAAGGUUUCACAUUUUCAGAAGUGUUUGUGCGGCUAUUCUAAACAUGAACACACUAGAUACACAGUUAUUGACAACAGCACAACUGUUCAUUUCCUUUUUGGGGAAGAUGCCUUUCUUAAGGAAACAGUAUCUCUUUACUAUUGUAUGAGUUACUUCUGUUGUUUGUGCUUACAAAAAGGCUGGAAGACGGGAACAAAGUCGGUUUGGACAAAUUCACUGUACUGUAACUUAUUUUAUAGUACUUUUCCUUGAAGGAAAUUAAAAAAAAAAAAAACGCUUCCUGCUUUUUAAGUGUAUUUUGUAGCUUUGAACAAAUAGCACUUCAGUGUUUUUACAUACAGUAAAAUGGAACUAUUGUCUGAUUUUUGUUUUCUGUAACCUAAUUCUUAAAAGUUAUUUACAUAAAAUGUCACUUUGUAAUCCACUUUUAUUACUGAUGUCAUUGUCCCUUUGUUAUGUUAUUAAAAUUAAUAUUAUUUCAUGUACUUUUCAAUAUAUGGAUGAAUAUAUGAAACACUGUAUUCAGAUUUUUUUAUGAUGUCUGUAUGAACAUCUGCAGUGUUACCUCUUGUGAAGAUAAAACCAUUAAACCACG